UAAAAAUGCAUCAAACCCGACUAACUGCAGAGUCCAUCAAGGUAUAAGUAACUAAUGAAUGACGUUAUUCCUAACUGUCAGGAUGGGCUAUUUAUUAAUUACUCAAACUUUUAAGUGAGAAAGGAGGCUGAGGCUAAACAGGCUUAGAAAAAUUCAGAUGGUGCUUAAUGGGUAAAGAGAAAAGGAUUGUUCAUAGCAACAAGAUUAAUUUGGCUACAGAAGUUCAUUCAGGCAGAGCAGCGAAUUGCUGCCCAUGGUCCCUCUUUUUCCCCAGAGCGCGGUGGACACGAUGUCCCAGGUUCAAGGGGGGCCAGCUCAACUCUUGCAAUGUUUUGGUGUCGCCACAGGGUGGUGGUGCAGAUCGUACAGAAAACUUCGUUUCUCUGCUGUGCUGAGGGAAAGUUCUUUGAUGUGUGCAGAGCACACGUGUCACAUCUUUGCAGUGUGGUGACACCCUCAGACACUUUUUGCAGUCGCUUGAAACAAGAAGGGUGAAUUAAGGCCACUUCCUCUAACACAUUAACUCUCGUUACUUUUGGUUUUAUCCUUCACUGUUGAUCAGCAUUUAGGGAGUUGAUGAUAAGCUCAGUUGACUUCCACUAGUCCUUAGACAACAGCAGUUCCAGUAGUUUCAAGAAGACACAGUUAAAAAUUGAGUUAUGGCGUUUUUCAAAUUAGUUACCACUAAUACAUAAUUUAGUAGCCCAAUAGCUUUUCCUGUUGCUUGAAUAGCUAGAUAUGGAGCCUGCUAAUUACACAUUAAAAACUUUGUAAUUAUAUUUAUUUAUUCUAUUUUUAAUUUAACCUUGUUCCUUAUUUUCCAUAAUCACCUAAUAAUUAUAAUGCCGCAUUCUCAGCAUUUUUGUUUUAAUUUCUUUAGUCUUUGUCCCUAAAUCCAUUGUAAAUUACCUGAUUCAGAAAUUGCCUUCAUUACAUAUUUUAGCAGCACAAUAGUAAUGUCAGACAUGCCUUCUAUCCUACAAAUCAUCCAAGCUGUCAGAGGCUAACAUUUGUGUGAUGUAUUUGUACAAAGGAAUAGGGAAAUCAAAGCCUUAAAACGAUUUCCUUUUAUGUAACAGUGGUAAAAGCCAAAGUACAGAGCACUUCAGCUUAAUAUUGGAAUAAAUAGAAAGAUUCCACUUUAAACCUCUGUUUUAAUUAUUGAACAGCUCUCAAAAUUAAAUCACUGACCUUUGAGAAUUUAGUGACUUCACUGACCUUUGAGAGUUUAGUGACCAAACAAGUGCUUGUCCUCAAGGCACAUAUUGGAGUGUGCAUUCCUUUACCUAAGUUUCUACACUCAGUUUAAAGAUGCCCAAGAACACUGCAAUUACCAGGUGAACAAGGUAAGUACAAAGGUCCUAUAUACAUGGUGAUGAUGUUGAUGUCAGGUUGUGGAGAGGAGUGCAUGUAUGGGAGCCAACAACACUGUCUACUCUUUAGGCAGGAAAUGCUUCCCUAGACAGCUGGGAAUGGGGUUUUCUGUAAGUGGACACAGACUGUCAGACUUUUCCAUGGGAUGCAUCAUUACCUAACAGUGUCAUUCAGAGCACUUCUUCCUUUUGCACUCUUACGGAGUCCUUUGACUAAGGUUGCAAAUAUUUAUAUACCUCAGAAGGAGCAAAUUUCUUAUCUAUUUUCACCUCUCUUUAGUGCCAACCAGAUGCAGCAAAGUGGGAUUUUUCUGGUUGGUGAUCAAACAUCUCUGAGUAAAUCCAUUGGCAAAGACCCCAUAAAUAAUUUAUAAUAACGGUUUCAAAAUGGAGGACUUUUCUGAACAUAGAAUAAAAAGAUUAAGGAACAUGUCCCAAAGCUAAAGUCUUACUCUAUAAAUUAGAUUAAGGAUGUAAUUAUUCUUAUUGAGGACAUACUGGUGUCUCUCAUACUUGUGUGCAUUUUUUCAUGAGAACGAGAAAUUGUGGUGAAAGUAUUAAAGAGAAGACAUAAUUUUUUAGUUAAUGCUAGUUAAUAUUGCAAAAGAAGUAGUGAUUAUACUCCUUAUUAAUAAAAGGACCAAUUCCAAAGCCAAUUGUGUAAAAUUUACUUAUACUAACAAUCACUUUUACCUGUUUGAGUACUUAAUCUAUAUAGUUGAAGCUUCUGUGCAUUAGACAUUUAUGGACAUUAAUUCCAAAUAAAAAAGGUAUUAAUUUUGUUGUUAUUUGCUUUUUAUUCUUCAGUCUAAUCUCUUCUCAUCAAUUGCGCUUACACUGAAUUAAACCAGCUGUGUCCAGGAUUAAGUCUUAAUGUAUUUCAAUGGGCCUAUAUUAAAAGACAUUAUAUAGGAGGGACUCUGUAGUGAAAAGAUAAAUAUAAGAUGGACUUUCAGUAGCAAAGUUACAUGAAUUGGGACCACCCAACUAAACACUUGUUUUUGCCAAAAAAAUUAUCUUGAUCCCUCACACUUUUGCCCUCCUCUCACUCUGCUCUAGCUCUAACCCCCUCUGAGGUCAUUCAAUUUAUUAACCUAGUAGAGGACUAAUUUGAGUGAAUAGCAAUUGAAAAAUAAUUAAAAAGUGAUUGCUUUGUGCUGAAUGAGGGAGUUGAAUUUCCUUAGCUCAUCUCCCAUGACACCAUCUCCUGGGAGAUGAAAGGUACAACUAUGCAGUCACAAAUAGGUGCAGGGAGAAAUGUGGAGGUAGAAUUGUGUAAAGCUAAUAUUUCAAAAGUAGAAUGAUGCCAGAACUGAUAUGCCCAUUACAUAAUUAUUUAAAUUACCACUCGGUAGUCUCCGGCACUGUAAUUAAUGCUAUAGAGAGAUUUAUAAAUAAAACAUAAGAAUAGACAUGGUGAAAACCCAUUUCCUUAUUUUCCUCCCUGUACCACCCUGCAUUCCUUUCUAAGGUAGACAUAGGCAGAUGUACUUUUUCUUCUUAAAUAUUUCAGCCAAAGUCAUAUAACCUAUCUAAAGAAUGAAAAGCUGGAUUGUACUGCUGGCUAUUGUAGUCAGCACAGCAGAAACACAGAACGAGGAUGUCUGCACGCAAGGGUAUCCUGGCAUCCCUGGCACUCCUGGGCACAAUGGCAUUCCUGGCCGUGAUGGACGUGAUGGGUCAAAAGGAGACAAGGGAGAUACAGGUGAACCAGGAAUUCCUGGAAGUCCAGGAAAAGAUGGUGUCAAUGGAGAGAAAGGUGAACGAGGAACCAAUGGGACUGUUGAAGAGAAGGGGAACAAAGGAGAUAAAGGAGAAAGAGGACCACCUGGGAAACUGGGACCAAAAGGAUUUAUAGGAUCAGUGGGUUACAAAGGUCAGAAGGGAGAGCUAGGACUGCAAGGACAAAAAGGGUUAAAAGGAGACAUUGGACCUAUAGGUCCAAAAGGGACAAAGGGUGAAAUUGGCCACCCUGGAAGAGUUGGUUUCCCAGGGCCGAUUGGCCCAAUUGGUCAUCCAGGUCCUAAAGGUAAUACUGGAGGUAUAGGGCCACAGGGUAAUCCAGGAGUUCAGGGGGAAAGAGGCUUGAAAGGAGACAGAGGAGACAAGGGGAACAUAGGUGCCCCAGGAGUCCUGCCAAGGAGUGCUUUCAGUGUUGGCCUUACAGCCAACACGAAGUUUCCCCCUCCGAAUCGCCCGAUCAAGUUUGACAAGGUGCUGUAUAACAGUCUGAAUGACUUCAACUCAGCUACUGGCAAGUUCACCUGCAAACACCCCGGUGUUUACUAUUUCACCUACCACAUCACCGUCUACUCAAGGAAUGUGCGAGUAGCUCUCGUUAAGAACGGCAUCAAGAUGCUGCACACAGUGGACAGGUACCAGAGCGGAGAGGACCAGGCUUCAGGAGCCACCAUCCUCGAGCUGCAGGGAGGAGAUGAGGUGUGGCUGCAGGCCCACCAAGGAGAGGCUUUCAAUGGGCUGUUUGCAGAUGGCGAUGACGAUACCACCUUCUCUGGGUUCCUCCUGUUCAGCACCGCUGACCCGCUGGAGCCACUGCUGCUGCCCACGCCGUAGCUCCGCGUUAUCCCUGAGCCCUGCAUGCCUGUGCCACUCAGCCCUCCCUGAGAAAGCUGUUAUCUGCUGGGCAAGUUCUGCUGGAUUCAACAGAAAAUGCUUGGUUUCAGGAACAGCUUCUGCAAGAGAGGACAAAUCUUCAGAAUCUACAGUGCUGGGCUUAGGACAUUGGUGGUUUGGUGAGUUACUGUAGGCAUUCACAGGGUUGUGUACCCCAGUUCUCAAGAACAAAUUUUAAAGAAAAGUGGGAUGAAAUAAAAGACAAAAGUUC